CAGGUGGUGCGGGACCACCUCCUGCCCCGGGAUAGCCCGAGUCCCUCGUCUGCGUCCCCCCUACGCUGCCUCCCCACGGGCCAGAACGCCGCGCUGUUCCUUUAACACCGCGCUGGAAGGGUGUAGGGAGAAGGGCCGAGUCCUCCCGCCUCCUCCUCCACCGCUCUCUUCCUCCCCCUCCCUCCCAUCCGAGUUUCAGGUGAAUGGGUCACUGAGGAAGGAGGCCGGCCACACCACACCUUCGCGCCAGCGCCCACUUUCCCCUCCCUGCUUCCCCUGGCGCCGGCGGCGGGACUCCCGGGAGAGCGAGCCGGAGAGCCGAGGAGCCAGUCCCGGGAGCAGCAGAUUGGCUUAUCUUGGGAGCUGCUGGGUAUUGCUCAUCCUGAACAUCAGGUGACCUUCAACAUCAGCCAUGUCAUCAAGGCCUUUUGAAAGUCCACCUCCUUAUAGACCUGAUGAAUUCAAACCGAAUCAUUAUGCACCAAGCAAUGACAUGUAUGGUGGAGAGAUGCAUGUUCGACCAAUGCUUUCUCAGCCAGCAUAUUCUUUUUACCCAGAAGAUGAAAUUCUUCACUACUACAAAUGGACCUCUCCUCCAGGAGUGAUUCGGAUUCUGUCUAUGCUCAUUAUCGUGAUGUGCAUUGCCAUCUUUGCCUGCGUCGCCUCCACACUUGCCUGGGACAGAAGCUAUGGAACUGCCUUACUAGGAGGUAGUAUAGGCUACCCUUAUGGAAGUAGCUUUGGUGGCUACAGUUAUGGCUAUGGCUACGGUUAUGGCUAUACGGAUCCAAGAGCGGCAAAGGGCUUCCUGUUGGCCAUGGCUGCCUUUUGCUUCAUUGCUAUGUUGGUGAUAUUUGUUACCAGUGUUAUAAGAUCUGAAAUGUCCAGAACAAGAAAAUACUACUUGAUUGUGAUAAUAGUGAGUGCUGUCCUGGGCAUCAUGAUGUUUAUUUCCACAAUUGUCUAUAUAAUGGGAGUCAACCCAACUGCCCAGGCUUCUGGGUCUGUGUAUGCUUCACAGAUAUAUGCCCUCUGCAACCAGUUUUAUACGACUGUGACUACUGGAGUCUACAUGGAUCAGUAUUUGUAUCACUACUGUGUGGUGGAUCCCCAGGAGGCCAUUGCCAUUGUACUGGGGUUCUUGAUUAUUGUGGCUUUUGCUUUAAUAAUUUUCUUUGCUGUGAAAACUCGAAGAAAGAUGGACCGGUAUGACAAGUCCAAUAUUCUGUGGGACAAGGAACGCAUUUAUGAUGAGCAGCCCCCCAAUGUCGAAGAGUGGGUUAAAAAUGUGUCUGCAGGCACACAAGACAUGCCCCCACCCCUCUCUGACUAUGCAGAGAGAGUUGACGGCUCCCUGGCGUACUCUUCCAAUGGCAAAGUGAACGACAAGCGGUCUUAUCCAGAGUCUUCCUAUAAAUCCACACCGGUGCCCGAGGUGGUUCGGGAGCUUCCAGUGACUUCACCCCUGGAUGACUUCAGGCAGCCUCGGUACAGCAGCAGUGGUAACUUUGAGACAUCUUCAAAAAGGGCUCCCACGAAGGGAAGAGCAGGAAAGUCAAGGAGGACGGAGCAGGACCACUAUGAAACGGACUACACGACUGGCGGCGAGUCCUGUGAUGAGCUGGAGGACGACUGGGUCAGGGACUAUCCACCUAUCACUUCAGAUCUAGAAAGACAACUCUACAAGAGAGAUUUUGACACUGGCCUGCAGGAAUACAAGAGCUUACAAGCAGAACUCGAUGAUGUCAAUAAAGAACUCUCUCGACUGGAUAAAGAAUUGGAUGACUAUAGAGAAGAAAGUGAAGAGUAUAUGGCGGCUGCUGAUGAAUACAACAGACUGAAGCAAGUUAAGGGAUCUGCAGAUUACAAAAAUAAGAGGAAUUAUUCCAAGCAGUUGAAGAGCAAAUUGUCACACAUCAAGAAGAUGGUUGGAGACUAUGACAGACGGAAGACAUAGAAGGUGGAUGCCACAUUGUUUGAGAAAUUAAGAAGUAUCUGCCUGAUGUCUCUGAAGUGUUCUCAGAAGGCAAAUGACUUGGAUCAUAACCCAGGAAGCCAAACUUUUGUGAUCAUUACAAAGUUUUGGUAGCUUUAAUAUCAUCAGUAUUGAAGCAUUUUAUAAAUAGUUUUUGAUAAUGAACUUGGCUGAACACUCCAGUUAAGGAUUUUAUGCUUUAAACAUUGGUUCUUGCCUUAAGAAUGAAAUACUAUUUGAGGUUUUUAAACCUUAAAGGAAGUCCUGGUGUGAACUGUGUGGUGAACUUUCACACACCAGACAACGAUGUCUUAAUGUUUGUGUACAUGCAUUCACUCACACAGGUGAUCUCAUUUAAUCCUCCCAGGAACCCUGCAGGUAACUAUUAUUUAUAAUCACUUCUUUUCAGAUAAGGAAAGUAGGUCUCCACAAUGAAGUCUCUGAAGUGAACCUUGCUUGUUUCCUAGCACACAGUUUUGGUUAAGUCUGUUUUAUGACUCUACUAGUAAUAAAGUCCCCAGCCUUUCAUACUUUAGCUACUAUGUGUACUAUGUUCUACCAGCCUCUCUGUUGAUUUUUUCUGUUGUAUAAAUGGUUAAAAGAGGUUUUUCUUGUUUUAUGUUAUCCUCAUAAUACAGAUCAUGUACAAGAAACAAAUGUAUGAAAUUUAAAGAUUGUAAAUAUAUACUUACUUUUUAAAAUCAAAGUUUAAACCUACUGGUUAGAAUUUUAUGUAUUUUUAAAUACUUUUAUCUUUUAAGGUUUACGUGCAUUUUUAAAACCAACUAGAUCUUUUCAUUGUAUCAGAGUAUCUGAUUACAUUUAUAAUUCAAUUGUGACUUGAAUUAUAUCUUACAGAAAUGUUCGAGUUCUGUACAUAUUUUAUAAGGUAUUAAACCUGGUGUUUUCUUUCUAUAAUAUACCUGUUUGACGUCAUUAGUGCAGUUAAUAUUAAGCUGUGGAAAACUACACUCAGGAGUUGUUAUCUGUUGUUAUUUUGGGUGCUUUGCUGGUUGGUAGUUUCCCAGUUCUUUUAGCUUUAAGAACAGAAUGCUGAUGUAUCUGGAAAUAGAAUGCUAUCCCAUAAAAUACCAAAUUAUUUCAAAUGGUGCCCUUAAAUCUCACAUUUUUAGAAAUUCAGAUUUUUAUUAAAGUAAAAUUAACUGGUAACAUGCAUUAACCAAAUUUAUUGUGAUUAUCAUUCCAGUUUAGACUGUUUUUCUGAAAAUGUUUUUUUAGAAUAAUCUAUAAAACUGGUCUUUAGUAUGCAAUUCAGACAUUUAAGUAUAUAAUUUUCUAUAUACCAUUCUGAAUUAUUUUUCAAAAACAAACUUUUAAAUAAUGUUUCCAUUAUAAUUCUAAUUCAUUUCUUCAGAUUGAAGAAAUUCUUAGUUUUCUAUGUUCUGCACAUAGUACAAAAAGUAUUUUCAUGGUUUUUGAAUUUACACCAAAUGAAAAGGACUCUCUUGAGCACCUGAACUAUUUUGUGUGUUAAAUUUUCAACAACUUGUUCUUGGAAGUCAAUGUAUUUAGUUUAUGAAAGCAAGUUUGCCAGUGUUCUCACCGAACAAAACUAUUCAGCUGAAUGCAGAAAAUGAAACAGCAAGAGUUUGCAUUGUAAAAUUGUGCCAUAAAAUUGGACUUAAACAAAAUGAAAAAAUAAUUUUUCAGAUGUGGUGUUUAUGCUAAAGACCACUUCAGGAAGCUAGGGUCAGAGUAUUUCUGUUGGUGUUGACAUUAAUUAGCUGGAUGUAACUUUGAAAAAUCACUCAGGUGGUUUUCCUAAUCUGGAAAACAAAAGUUUUCGAUUUACUUUCAGACAGCUUUUCCAUUUCUACCCUUCUGUGGUGGUUGUGUCGGCAAUUCUGCUUUCUGGUGUAAACCAUUUUUCAAAGUAGUUUGCUGUGAAAGUAUGUGGUCCAUCUCAUAGAUUCCCAGCAUAAAGUGAUGCCCUAAAUGUAUGAUUUUGUAUUAAAAGUAGGAUGAAUAUUUUAAUUUUUAUUUUGAAAAAUUUAAAGAAAUGCAGAAAUAUAGAAAAUACAUGUACCUAACAUCCAGAAAUAACAGGUGUAGUGUUUUGUCAUAUGUGCUUUGUAUUUUUUGAAAUAUGAUGAAGUCUACUAGUAUUUAUACUAAAUGAUAAUAAUAUUGGAUACACAUAUAUAAAUGAAAUUUCAUUUAAUUCUCACAACAAUCUUUUGACGUAACCAAUUCUCACUUUCAUUUUAUAGAUAAGGAGACUAAUGAUUUGCUAGAUUAACUGGCCCAUUGUCACACACUAGCAAGUGGUAAAACUAAGUAAGGAUUGGGAUCUUGGCUUGUUGGACUAUUAGAAUGUAUACUUCCGUCCUAGGUUGACUUUGUUACUUUGUUUAAUGAUUUGGAUAAUGUGAGAUUACUCUGCUGUUAAUAAAGCACACUAUUUUAGUUUUG